UGUUGGAGCUCGCACUCGCUCAGGGCUCUUCAUAAAUAAAACCCCAGUCUCUCUCUCUGUAGUUCUCCAGUCCCACGGUUCAGCAAUAAUGUUGGAAGGAAUCAGGAGAGACUGCGAUGAAGUUUUUGACCACUUCGCCCUCCACCUGAUGCCUCCAUCUUUGCUCUAACUUUCAAUCUCAGAGAGAGAGAGAGAGAGAGAGAGAGAGAGAGCUUUCUUUUCCUUCUUCUGGGUGCGCGUUUGUUUGUGUUGAUUUCCGAUGGGAAAGAAGAGUGGUACUUCUUGGUUGACAAAAGUCAAGAGGGCUUUCAGAUCUCCGGCUAAGGAUAAUGAGAAGAGAAAUGGCAGGAGGAGAGAAGAAUGUGGGCAAGAAGAUGAAGAAAGGAAGAGAGAAAAGAGAAGAUGGUUGUUCCGUAAGUCCGGCAGCAACCACUCCGCCGACUGCGAGACGAAGGAAGCGGCACCAACGGCAGCGACCGACAUUUGUGCGGCGGUUAAUCCUUUAAAGGCGGCCGACCAGAGGCAGGCGAUUGCAGUGGCCGCGGCCACGGCGGCGGCGGCUGAGGCGGCGGUGGUGACCGCACAGGCGGCCAUGGAGAUCGCCCGGCUGACCAGGCCUCCUUCCAGUUUGGUCAAGGAGAACCGUGCUGCUGUGGUCAUUCAGACAGCUUUCAGAGGUUACUUGGCGAGAAGAGCGCUCCGAGCACUGAAGGGGCUCGUGAAGCUGCAGGCAUUGGUGAGAGGCCACAAUGUCCGGAAGCAAGCCAAGCUGACGCUCCAGUGCAUGCAAGCGCUGGUCCGAGUCCAGGACCGGAUGCGGGAUCAGCGGGCGAGGCUCUCGCACGAGGGGAGCAGGAAGUCCAUGUUCGAUCCCGAGACCAACAACUUGUGGGAGUCCUCCUAUCUGCAGGACAUCCGCGAGAGGAGAUCAGUUUCGAGGCAUACAAGCUGCGCUGCCGACUUCUGGGACGAGCACUCGUUCAAAGCGGAGGACGUCGAGGCGUUGCUGCAGAGUCGAAAGGAGAUUGCUUCGCAACGAGAGAAAUUACUUUCUCAGGCCUUCUCUCAGCAGAUAUGGAGAUCUCGGAGGCACCCGUCGGCCGGCAAUGAAACCGAGCUCGAAGAGCGAACCAAAUGGCUGGACCGCUGGAUGGCCACCAAGCUGUGGGAGACCGAGAGCCGAUCCUCGACCGACAAGAAAGACCCGAUCAAGACCGUCGAGAUCGACACCUCCCGGCCCUACUCUCACUCCACGCCGAGGAACCACCGCAGGUCAUUCCACCAGAACCACAUCCAUAGACAGCCAACCCCCAGCCCGACCCCGCACUCCGUUUCUUCACCGCUCCACAGGUCACACUCGCACCACGCCAACCCCUCCCUUCACCAUUCCCCCAUCACCCCCUCCCCCGCCAAGGCCCGGCCCAUCCAGGUCAGGUCCGCAAGCCCCCGCUGCUACCGGGACGACUGGUGCUACUCGGCGGCCAACACCCCAAGCCUGGCCUUCCUGCACCGCAAUUCCACAGCCGUCCCGAACUACAUGGCCGCCACCGAGUCCGCCAAGGCCAGAUCCCGGUCGCAUAGCGCGCCCAGGCAGAGGCCAUCCACGCCGGAGCGGGACCGCCCCGGGUCUGCUAAAAAGAGAUUGUCAUAUCCGGCCCCGGACCCGCACGGUGGCUUCGAGGUCGGGUAUGGGCCGGGCGGGUUCGGCCAGAACUUGAGGAGCCCGAGCUUCAAGAGCGUCUACAGCGGGAAUUACACCUACAACUACGGGGGCGAGCACAGAUCGAAUCUGUCGUGUUACACGGAAAGCGCCGGCGGCGAGAUAUCGCCAUGCUCGACGACGGAUCUGAGAUGGUUUAGGUGAGGCAAAUUAGGACGCCGUUGUCCGUGAUUAUGUAGGGAAAUAUUUGAAGAAGACGAUUCUUAGCUUGAAUUUUUCUUUCUGCUGUACUAGUAUUCUGUUUCUUGCUCUCGCCGGGGGAAUUGAAUGAGGUUUGGUGAACUGAAGUUCUGCGAGGCUUUGAAUGGAAUUUGACUGACCAAAGCAUUUGUGAGAGUCACGCACAAGAAGACAGGCCACUUCAUGAAUUAU